CUUUUACAGCAUCAAAAACAAGACCUCGAGUACAAAUACUGCGCUUCUUACACUUGCAUCGACCAGGCCGACCAGUGGUACCACCAAUUGCCAACGCGGAUUCGCUCCAGCACUUGUUUGCUCCGACGCACCCCGCGCUUGCGCACAUCUGCUAGUUCUACCUAGCUCUUCCAUCUUUCAACGCCCUUGCUUGGGACAACAUAUUCACCAAACACACUUCACUUGCAAAAUUUGCACGUGUCAACGCGACUUGAUGGCGCGCUCAACCCCCACCAACGUCGUCGAUGCAUCCUCCUCAUCAACACCAGCGACACCAAGCCGCAUCUCAAAGGCUCGACUACAGCGCUCACGCUUGGCAAACGUUGUGACUAGGAAUCGCAGCAGAAUGGCAGCGGAAAUCAGCAGUGAUGUUGUAUCGCAAGAAAUCGAGGAAGAACCACAAGUUGUCGCUGGGUCGAGUAGGACAAAGGGAAAAGGCAGGGCUCUGGUGUCGCCAGAUCAGCUUGACCUGGACAUGGAGAUUGCGAUGGGACUUGAGAUGAGCGACAGAGAAGCGCUUGAGGACGGUGAGAUGAUGAUCGAAGAGCCGGACAAGGUUGACGAGAUUUGUCCCAUCUUGGACAAGGACGAGAAGCCAUUCCCGAUCAUGUUGUUGCCGACCGAAAUUCGACUCGAGAUCUACAGAGCAUGUCUGACCCGGCCGUACUCGAUCUUGCUGUCCAAAAGGGAACAGCCCCACGCCGUUGACGCAGAGACCGAGGUCGAUAAGGAUUAUGAGCCCGACCACAUUCCCUUGCCGCCUAGCCCCUCUGGUUCCCGCCGCGGUCUCAGCAUCGGCUCCCUUUGCGAUCAGGGUGACGCCCGGGGCAGCCGCCGGAUUCGCCUUCUACGAACCCAUUCGCGCUCCGGCAGCGGCAGCAGUGAUUCCAAUCGUGGCAUCUUCCCGUCCGUUUUCAACGCAAGUGGUGAUCGCGCUGUGCGCCAAAGUGGUACUCGCAAGAAAGUCUAUACUCCAGUCAGCGAGCCGCCACGCAACCAGACUCAAGACCCUCUCCUUGUCAACAUCCUCCGCGUGAGCAAGGAAGUGUACAAAGAAGCACGCAGCGUCAUCUACAGCGAGAACAUCUUCACUCUGGACCUCAACACUGCAAUGACUACCCUUGGAUGCCUACACCAGCGCUCCAGGCGCCACAUCAAGCACAUCGAGCUUGAAAUCCCGACCUACAACGAGAUUCUCGAGCGCUUCCAGGAGACUGUGCGCCUGCAUAUCCGUUAUUGCUCGGGAUUGAAGACAUUUGUCAUCCACAUGCCCUUCACGCUUCCUGGCGCGGACGGCAGCGGGACGUCCGGUAACACGACCGUGUAUGCCAACGGCUUCGACAUCCUCCGCUGGCUGCCUCAGGAAUGCGCCAUUGUGCUCAAAGGCAACAUCUGCACUGAGAUCACAGCCGUGGUGGACAAGCACUUGCAUCUUGCCAAGACGCUUGACAAGCUCGCAUACGCUCGACGACAAUUGAUCUCGAACGAGACUGGUCCAUCGACACCUCGAUGAAAACGAAGGGCCGCGGUACCUCACGAACGAAACGACAAGCACAGUAUGAAGAGG